AUGGGUACUCGAGCGCGUGGAUCUACGGCAUGGAUGCGACACCAGGUCGUGCAAGAUCGGAUGUGGCGAAUAAUUGAUGCGAAGGAUCAAGUACUUGGCCGGCUUGCGACGCAGAUCACACACAUUCUGCAAGGGAAACAUAAGCCGAUGUACUUCGACAACAUCUUUUGCGGAGAUCCAAUUAUUGUAAUCAACGCACGUCACAUUGCACUAACUGGUCGCAAGCGCUUCAAUAAGCAUUACAUUCAUCACACUGGCUAUCCUGGUGGACUCAAGAAAGUUCCUAUAGCGCAGGUGAUGGAAAAGCGACCGAAAGACGUUCUUCGACUGGCUGUGAAAAGGAUGUUACCUCCAAAUCGUUUACGAGACGUGCGCUUGUCCAACUUGCGGAUCUUUUUGGACGAAGAACAUGAUCACCAUUCACAAAAUCCAGCUCCCCUACCGCCUGUCAGUCGCGGGCCCCGCCUGGGACGUGGAGGACCGCCGACGUAUUCGGAACUAGAAAGUUGGUGGACAGAGAAUUUACUUGACGUUCCGGAUAACAUUCUCAACGAGGUUGUAGCAGAGGUUCGAGCAGAAAGGGAUGGAGGCCCUUCCAGAGCCAGUCAUCGGAUAGGCCUAGUACAGGCGCUUGACCUCACAGCUGAAAGCGAUUACACUCCUGAGCAUAGAGAGAGGAUAGGGGCCUACAUCACCGCCGCUGAAAAAGAUUUGGAGGAAAAUGCUAUUAUUAUACCCUCGUCAUUAGCCUGA